CCAAAGGCUCUCUCGUCCCCCCUCCUGGCCGCUCCAUGGCUGCUCGAAGUAAUACGAGUCAUACCGCGUUUCAAUUCCACCAUCAUCGUCUUCCCCGCUAUUCCCCGCGCCAUCUCCACAGCUUCCCCGCGUUUCCCCUCCCCCCUUUUCCUCCGCCGAUCCUCUCCGCGCAUCGCUGUCUCUUACCUUGGCCGCUGGGGCUAAUCCGGCGCACUGAAGAGGGGUUCCGCGGAGUAGUCGCGGGAAUUGUGCGCACGCGCGGCUGCGCCAGUCGGGCCGGAAGCGGGCGAACGAGUGUCCGCGGAGGUGAUCAGGGGGAGCGUGCGCGGGGAGACGCGGAGCAGGCGCGGAUGCAAGCGGAUUCGUCCGUGGAACCGGCGCGCUUAGGGGGGAGCGGGGGGAGUGCGGAAGACUUUCCGAUCACCGAUUGCGGGCAUGGCCGGAGUGCAACGAGGGGGCUCUGUUCGUGGAUAGGAUACACGGGGGCACAGCACAGGGUACGCACAGCACAGGCUCACACGUCCGUUCUUGACUUCUACUGCCAGCGAUACCCGCAUUCCGCCUCCUCUCAAGGGUGGCUGGAUCGCAUUGCCAACGGUCAGGUGACUCUCAACGGCACCCGUAUUACCGACCCUGCAACCCCUCUCAGCCUAUCGGACACUCUCUGCUACCGCCGCACGCCAUGGCAGGAGCCCACUGCGCCCUGCCAUUUCACUGUGCUGUUUCAAGAUGACCAUGUGCUGGUGUUAUCAAAGCCUGGUGGCCUGCAGGUGCUGAGGGGAGCGCCCUUUCACCAGCGCACUCUGCUCUCUCUACUCGCUCUGCAUGCACGCAACUGCCUGGUGCCAGUGCGACCAGAAGCAGCUGAGGCAUGUGGGAAAUGCUACGGCACAACAACACAAGGAGCACGCCCUGCACCUGCUGCUGCUCUUCAGUCGACUCAAGAGCACUCCCUGCAUGCACGCAACCGCCUGCUGCCAGUGCAACCCGAAGCAGCAGCAGAGACGUGUGGGGAAGGUUAUGGGACAGCAGCACACACCCAAGGAAAGGCCGAGGCGUUGGAUAGGCAGACUGAGGCAUCAAACGAGUUGAAUGGCACGCCAAAAGCUGGCAAUGAGGAGGAGGGGCAGUGUGGGAUAGACUGGGCGAGCGACACCAUGGAGUCGGCGCAAGGAAUGGCCUCACCCACCCACAGAAUAGGGCGUGGAACAUCAGGUCUUCUAAUCUGCGCCAUCAGCCCAGUGGCCAAGGCCAGACUAGCUGCUGACUUUGCUGCUGCCACCAGGGGAGAUGCCGCUCCUCCCACCCGCCACAAGGGCCGGCGGAGAGGCAGCAGCAGCAGCGGGAGCAGCGGGAGCAGCAGCAGCAGUGGCAAGGAGAGCAGUAGCAGUAUGAGUCGGGGCAAUGGCAGUAGCAGUGUGGAGAGUGGCAGUCUAGGCAGCGGUCCCCGCAUUGUCAAGUACUACAGGGCGCUUGUGCAGGGGCUGAUGGUGCCGGAUGAGCAAACAGUGCGAGUACCCAUCGGACGUGUGGAGUACGGCUCUGUGGUCGGGGGGCUCUUCAUGGCCUUUCCUACUGGCAAGCCGGCAGUCAGUGUGCUGCGAGUGCUUCAUCGGCACUCUCAAGCCAACCAGACCCUGCUCGAGGUGCGCAUAUUCUCUGGUCGCGCCCAUCAGAUCCGCAUUCACUGUGCCGCCGCCGGCCAUCCCCUCGUUGGCGACCCUCUGUAUGUCUCUGGGGGAGUUCCAGCUGCUAUCGCAGGCCUGUUGCCUGAGCAUGGCCCUGACUCUGCUGCAAAUUGUGAAGAUGCUGCAGGUGCAAGCGCUCUGCUGAACAAUGAUAACCCAGCCAAAGACUCCGGCAGCAGCAGCAGCAGCAGCAGGAGCAGUAUUGGCAUGGUUGACGGCAGUGCAAGCACUAGCAGUGGCAGUGGCACUAGCAGCAGCACCAUUCGGCCAGGGGACACGGGGUACUGGUUGCACUCCUUCCGCUGCCUCUUCCACCACCCGGCCUCCAACCAGGUGAUUCAAGCAGUGGCGCCUCCCCCCCCUGCGCUCCGCAUGCCACAUGAGACACAUGCCUCCUUCCAGCCUGCAUGCCAGGACAUGCCGCCUCAUGCCAUGAUGGAUGCGUGGCAGGGUUUCAGCUAGGAUUUAGGGCUGUCUGAAAAUCAGACGGGGUUCCAAAGUUUCGUCUGACCAUCAGACGAAAUUUUUCAAGGAGUCUGAGAUUUCAGACAAAUUUUUCCCGCAAGUCUGAACAUUCAGACGAAAAAAUUGCCGCAAGAAACAUCGCCACUUGCAAUUUAGACUUCCAUUUUUCUUCCUUGCUGACAGCCUGUUCCUACGAACGUCUUCCCAGACUUGGACCCACCUACGAGCGCGUUCGAAGGUUCCUUGUCAAGCUAAAACCGUUUCAGUAUCACUAUUCUCAGCUGCUUCGAAUCUGCUCGCGUCAAAAUCGUACUGUACAGAUGCGCGCCUGUCUCAAAAAGGCGCGCCUGAGAAGAAGUUUGAAAACAGGGCCUGAACAUUGACAGUCACAACCCUGCAUCAGACCACGCGGAACCGCAUUCAACCGU